ACCCUGUGAGCGAGGUUUACAAACGGCGCCUAGCGCCAAAUGUCUGUAUCUGAUGUUUCGUUAUGGUUUGACACGAUUUUCGCGAAAAAAGCGCGUUCUUAUCCUUGGAAUAUGUUUGACAUUUGUUUACAUCGUUUUUGAGGCGUUCAUGUGGUCUAAUAUCAAUGGAAUUUGGCAGAAUGUGCAGAUAAACUGCGAAACGUUGAACGCAAGACAGAAACUUGUUGAUUUGUGCAUAGGAUACCAUGAUGGACAUAUUGGAGGGAAUCUUUGCCAGGAUUUGUGCGUUACCAAACAGCUGGCAGUCUCUGACUGCCUGGCACAUAAGAACACUACCAUAGUUUUUACUGGAGUAUGGAGAGGGGUGGACAUUGUGUUCAAGACCAAAAAGUUGCCUCAUCAAUAUCAGGAUAUCAUAGAGAUUCUGUACGGCCCAGAUAAAACAGUUGAAGGAGAUUUCAGUUUGAAGUUGGACACUUUUGCUGAAUUCCUAAGCUACCAGGUUUUAGACACUAUCAAGCAUCAUAAAAACCUUGGACACCAUUUGUCACCUGUUGAAUUGUUGCACAAGAUGUAUUAUCCACACUCUAUAGGGCACCUCACACUACCAGAUGCACAGCAUCUAUGGAACCUCAUUCAGUUGGAUGAAUUUGUUAAGUUACAGCUUUUGCAAGGGACAAGCUAUGUGCCUAAAACAUAUGGCUUUUGUGGGCAGUUUUAUGCUGUGGAAAAAGUGCAGACCCUGGAGGAGUAUAUUGGUCCCUUUGCUCGACCUAAACCCUGGAGAACAAGAGUACAAGUUGCCAGAGAAAUAUUAAAGCUUUUUAUGGGGUUAAGGAAUACAUCUAUAGGGGCACUCACACACUGCGACAUCCAGCCUGCAAACUUAGGGCUGAACACAGAGGGGAAAGUACUACUUGUAGAUGUGGACACUUUAUUUAACGAACUGGAGACAAAAGAGAUAAUGUCACAGGGGAGUUGCACAACAGAGAAAGACUGCAGAUUCUUUGACUGUAUCUCUCUUUGUGACAAAAGAGAAAAUACUUGUGGCAGCUUCAUGCUGACUAAUAAUCUACAUGUUCUCUGCCGAGAUCUGAUGGUGUUGGAUUCAUGGGUUUCGUCAGGACUGCUAAAUAUGUCACCAAUCUAUGCCAGCAAUAGACUGAAGCCCUCACUGCUUAAAUGUCUGGAUGAACGCACAUUGCCGUGGACCAGGGUAAAAGUGGAUGCAUUAUUUGAUGAACUCCUUAGACUUCUCGCAUUACCGUUAGAGUAAAAGCAGUGACAGAUGCAGGGGUAAUUCCCUCCGCCCCCUCAUUCAAAACCUCUAGGACUGACUUCUACAAAUUUAUGUCCUGUUUUUUUUAUAAUGGUGCCCGUCCCCCUUUAACAAAGUAGAUUAAAGUACUAAAUUCUAAUAACGAGAUGAUAACCAUAGGAGUAUACAGCUGGGAAAAAGACCCAGCAGUCUGAUUUACCAGUGUAUAAAAUGCUUUUGGCUAUACAGCACAAGAGUGUCAAAAACAUUUCAUACAUCUUUGUUUUCUUAUUGCUUGGCUAAAUGUGUGUGUUAUACACUGGGAAAUAUGCUAUGCCAGGGGGUGGGUGGACUCCCUCUUAAAAAGUCACAUCUACUCGUUGAGAAAAUAUAGAUAGCACAAUGUUACAUUGUUACAGUAAUUUCAACCCUCAGUCAAACAUUUCCUAUACUAUUCUGCUUAUUUUAUUCUGCUUUGUUGCACAAAUUUGGAGCCCCACCCUAGUCACCCCGUCCCUCUUAGGGAUGGGAGAUCUAGAAACAUCAUCUAACAAAUACAAACUAGUUUUGUGUGGCAUGGAAACCAAGCAAGCCAUCUGUUUUUAUUGAUGGUAAUUCCAAAGGAUUUACAGUAUAACUGCAAAAGUUAAGCUGUAAAUUACAAUUUUAGAACAGAAAUUAUAACUAACAAUUGACAAUGUAACUUCUAUGUAUAAUGUACAUGAAAAAAGUAUUCACAUUAAAAAAAUCUAAUGUUAAAAAUCUUAGCUAAAA